UUUAUAAGACUAAAUCACAAUAAAUGAUUGAUAUUUUUCCUUUAACAUGUAACACAUGCGAGGAAGAUUAGAACACAGAGUACAACAUAUAGUAUUUCAUAUUAGAUUACGAUUAGUUUUUGCUUAUCUUUCAAACAAUUCCUUGCACAUUUAUUUUUCAAAUUUUUGGAAUAGAUCCCAAAAUCUAAUUAAUUUCCCCUAUGCCAUUUAAAAAAAAUCCAAAAAAAUAUGAAUAAUUAAGAUUUCAAUAUUCAAUUUAGUCCAGUUCAAUUUAGUUCCGCUUUGAAGUGGUGAACUACCCUCUAAAGCUACAUUAAGUACUUGAACGUCAGGUGAAAGUAAACAUAACAUGAGUCACUAUCAGCUUCAAUUAAACCAUCUCCCAACCAUUGAACCAUUUCUUAAUUCUCCUCUAAAGCUAAAACAUAAUUACAGUGGAUCUCACACGAAGCUACUGUAGUAAUCACGAAUCACCGCUAUAUAAGUCCGGCGAAUGCGGAAUCCUCACUAUACGGCGGCGAUGCGGCGGAGACAACAACGGCUGCUACAAACUGGGUGGCGUAAAGAUGAUUCAAACUUCAAUUGGAGUCGUACAUGGCGGAGACUCGCCGGAAACUACCGGAAUCUUAUAAUGCUGCUGGUUGUCAUUGCUCUUGCUCCUCCUAUCUUCUUCCACUUUCGUCUUAGACGUUUUUACCAGAUACAAAUGAAGAAUUGUGGUUGGAUGAGACACCCACCUCUUGUUUGUGCUCAUGGUGGUGACUCGACCAAUGCUUUCCCUAAUACGAUGGCUGCCUAUCGCAGUGCUCUUCGUUCUCGAGUAGACUGCAUUGAAAUUGAUGUUUCUUGUUCAGCUGAUGGAGUUCUUUUUGCACUGCAUGACAGGGAGUUGCAGCGGAUAUCUGGAAAUCAUACUUCUAGAGUGGGCUACUUGAGUAUGAAAGAAAUAAAUGAACUGGAUGCAGCACUUCAAUUUCCAAAAGUUUUUGAUGAUCAGAAAGUUCCUACUCUUGAAGAUGCUUUAAGGUUGGUGUCAGGUUCAGUACGGCAAGUCAUCCUUGAUGCAAAAGUUGGGCCUCCAUUAUAUGAAAAAGGUCUUGUCGAGAAAAUUUUAGCUGUUGUAAAGAGAACACAUUGUACGAAUUGCAUUAUAUGGGCAAAAAGUGACACUUUAGUGAGGGAAAUUAUAAGACUCUCCCCAAACACUACGGUUGGUUAUAUCGUUAUGAAAGAUCCAAAAACUGGGUUUCGAUCCAAUUUGCUGAGGAUGAAAAGGGCAGGAAUUGUUGGGGUUUACCAUCCACUAAUUGAUGAAAAGCUUGUCCAAAUCCUUCACUGGAGAAACAAAAAGAUCUAUGCUUGGACGGUGGAUGACAUGGUUUCGAUGCAGGAUAUGUUAAUUAACAGUGUUGAUGCUGUUGUCACCAGUAAUCCAGCUCUUCUUCAGCAACUCAUGCUAGACACUAGAACUCAGUGUCUAGAGGAAGGCUUUUCUUUGCUCUGAUGAUGCUGUUGUAUCUUCCUGUUGAUUCCGUCUGAGCAGUUAAAGACCACAACAUCACAUAUUAGUAAUCAGGUUGGCUUUACCAACACUUCGAUUAAGAUUAAAGAUUCUACUAGCAUCAACUUUAGUUGUGUUAUUCAACGCCGGCUUAUAUUCAGAUCAAUUCUAGACUUUAGAGUGCCAGAAUGUUGACACUUAUUAAUUACAAACAGAUUGGAGAUUGCACAGGGAGUACAGAAGUAUACUAACAGCAGGAAUUCAGAUGGCUUGUUUUUUUUUGGUGGUUGUCUAGUUCAUGUCAGUAAGGAAGGCUCUACUUAAUUACAAUAGAUGCAGUAGGUUCUCGUUUGCUCCCUAUAUAGGCUCCUAAUGUUUCCUUGAUUGAGACUGGCAUUAUUGUGUACAAACAGUUAUAAUACGAUCAAAGUUAUACAUAAUUAUAAGAUGUAACUCUUAUUUUCCAAAAA